UGUUGGACCUGGGUGUCGGACCUCACGUGCAUGGAUUCUGAAUCUUCCCGCCUCCUCCUUGCUUGGCUCCGCCCUGGAAUCAUCCUUCGCUUUGGGUUUAGUCCAGCCGCGCAAACCAGCGCACAGACAGGCUGAAGCUGUGGACCGGCUGGGCAGGCAGAGCGCAGGAGCCGCGGGAGUGGAGGAGCCGGGGCGCCGGGGCGCAGGGAGUGUCCCAGAAACCAAUUAGGAGGACGAGGGACCCCUUAAAACUCCUCCACGUCCUGCUGGCCAUGCUGACCUCAGCAUCCCCUCUCCUCACUCCCAGGAUCUUCUGGGUCCUCUUGUUGUUGGCCGCCUUCAGGAGUGCUCAGAGUGGAACCUGGGACAACCCCAACUGCACCAGCAGUGUGGUUUCUGUGUUGAGGGGCCAGCCAGCCACGAUGAGCUGCAACAUCUCCAACGCCUUCUCCCACAUCAACAUCUCCCUGAAAGCGAACCCCGCUGCACCCUGGAAGCUCAUCUUCAAUGUAAAGGCCCCAGGAAACUUCUGCCAGGAUGGAUGGCAGCUCCGGAUUUGGGAGGGAGAGGCGUACCUAGUAACUGAAGAAGCCCUGGACACCCAGGCAGGGCAGUACAAGUGGAGUCUGAAGGGGCGCCAGAGACACAUCAGAAUCACUACCCUGAACGUCUCAGACCCGCAAGACCUGUUCCUCACACCUGCUGCAGGCCUGGAGAGGAAGCUGCACAGUCACCAGACUGAAUCCCAGGACAAGAGCCAGACACAGGUGGUCUUCCCCAUCCUCGCCCUGGUCGUCAUCCUCGCCCUCGCACUGAUCUGCAUGCUGGCCUGGCGACAGAGGCGUGGUUCCCCACUCUCCAGGCUCCAGCAGGAGUCCAAAUACACGCAGAAGGCCAGAUAUCUGGGAGUCCUCACUGACCGUGAAGCAUCUCAGAUGGGACACGAUGCACGGUGCCUGGCGACCGUCCCCACAGUGAUCAUGGUUGGGCUCCUGGGGCUCCUGCUGUUCCCCUUGCUCCAGGCCAACCGAGAGGUGUGUCAGUCCCCCCUCAGAACGAUUGCUUUAGAGGGGGACUCCGUCAACAUCACCUGCUCCACCCCGGGGACCCUGCGUGGCAUCUACCUGAAACAAACGUGGCCAAGCAUCAGCGAUGUGAUUUACUAUGAAGAUGGGUUGGAGCCCACCGUGGACCCGCGGUUCCAGGGCCGCAUUGCCUACUCAGGGCUGCAAAGCAACCUGACCAUCAGCUUGUACCACCUGCAGUUGGCCGACACCGGUGGCUAUACCUGCGUGGCCAUCAUGGAUGAUGAGAUCUUUGGUCCUGGCACCUUGGUCAUGGUGACAGACCAACUGCCCCAGGCAGUGAACACAUGCCAGGAGUCUUGGCUGAUACACUUUGCCUUCCCCACGGCCCUGGCUGUGGGCUUCUUCCUCGUCGGGCUGGGACUGGGAGCAGUGUGCAUGCUGAAAAGAACACAGAUCCAGAAACUCUGCUGUGCAAAGGAUAAGAGCCCAGUGUACGUGAUCUAUGAGGACAUGUCCCACAGCCGCUGUAACACCAUGUCCAUCCCCAACCAGUACCAGUGAGCCCGGCGGGGCCCCAGGCCUCCCUCUGCCCAGCAGAGCUCUGGGCCGACCAUCCACCCAGAACAAACACACAGGAAGCUCCCACAGCAGUCAGGCUCCCACAGCCUCCUCCAGGAAGCCCUCCUUGCCUGCCUCCUACCCUUGAGGCUGCUCCUGGCACCUUGGAACCACUGGGAAGGAAACUUCUCUGUCCCACAGCUACCCUGGCCUUUGCAUGGCAGAAGAGGCUGCUCUGCAGGAUGGACUUGCCUUGGGGCAGUGGCCAACUGGGGGGCUGGGAGCUGAACUCUGACUCCCAGUCAAGACUUGCCAGAAAUAAAGGACUUCUCUUCUCCCCUUU